AUGGUGGUCAUCCACCCACCCAGGUUCCUCGGCGCCUCAUCGCGCUUGCCAGGCACAUACGAUAUCACCGAUACGGGCUUCUACGUGGCUUUGUCUGUCGUCGUCUCGUCGCACGCUACGCAAGCCAUCGGUCGGCACGGCAUCAAAGGCUAUGCGGGUGCAUGGAGGGUAGGCGCGGUCGCUUUCUGCCUAGCCAGCUGGGUCGGGAUAUGGAGAUCCGGCACACCGCUUCUCGUGGACACAGCCAGAAGCGAUUGGGAUGCGGAUGUGCGCAAUGCGUUCUAG